AUGCGGCCCGAGCCCUCCAUCACGUGCGUGCCUGGGGACACCGCGGCCACCCCCGCCAGGCUGCCCGAGGCGCCCCCGGAGCUGGAGCGCCGCCGCCGGGCCUUCGGCCGGAACUGGAUCCCCCCGCGGCGCCCCAAGAGCUUCGCGGCGCUGGUGUGGGAGGCGCUGCAGGACGUCACCCUGGUCAUCCUCGAGGUGGCCGCGCUCGUGUCCCUCGGGCUGUCCUUCUACGCGCCGCCCGGCGCCGCCGAUGAAGCGUGCGGGCAGGCGUCGGGCGAGGCGGAGGCGGGCUGGAUGGAGGGCGCGGCCAUCCUGCUCUCGGUGUCCCCGUGUCCCCACAUGUGUCACCCAUGUCCCCAUGUGUGUCACCCAUAUCCCCAUGUGCCCGUGGCCGAGCUGGUGGUGGGGGACAUCGUGCAGGUCAAGUACGGUGACCUGCUGCCGGCCGAUGGCGUCCUGAUCCAGGGCAACGACCUGCGGAUCGACGAGAGCGCGCUGACGGGCGAGAGCGACCACGUGCGCAAGGGCCCGGACAGGGACCCGCUGCUGCUCUCGGGUGGCCCCGAGAAGGACAAAUCGGUGCUGCAGGGCAAAGUGACCCAAGUGACCGUGCGGGUUGAGGGGCUGGGGGUCCCCAAACGGGUGACAGGGACCUCGGGGACCGCGGUGACCUUGAGGACCUGGGGGACCUUGAGAACCUUGGUGACCUCAGUGACCUUGGGUGACCCUGGUGACCUAGAGGACCUCGUGACCCUGGUGACCUUGAUGACCUUGGGUGACCUUGGGGACUUCAUUGACCUUGGUGACCUCAUUGACCUCAGUGCCCUCGGUGACCUCAAUGACCUCAGUGACCUCAAUGACCUCAGUGCCCUCCGUGACCUCAGUGCCCUCAAUGACCUCAGUGACCUUGGUGCCCUCGUUGACCUUGGGGGACUCAGUGCCCUCAGCGCCCUCAGUGCCCUCAGUGACCUCGAUGACCUCAAUGACCUCAAUGACCUCAGUGCCCUUGAAGCCCUCAGUGCCUUCACGCCCUCGGUGCCCUCAAUGACCUCGGUGCCCUCGGUGCCCUCAAUGACCUCGGUGCCCUCGGUGCCCUCAAUGACCUCGGUGCCCUCGGUGCCCUCAAUGACCUCGGUGCCCUCGGUGCCCUCAAUGACCUCGGUGCCCUCGGUGCCCUCAAUGACCUCGGUGCCCUCGGUGCCCUCAAUGACCUCGGUGCCCUCGGUGCCCUCAAUGACCUCGGUGCCCUCGGUGCCCUCAAUGACCUCGGUGCCCUCGGUGCCCUCAAUGACCUCGGUGCCCUCGGUGCCCUCAAUGACCUCGGUGCCCUCGGUGCCCUCAAUGACCUCGGUGCCCUCGGUGCCCUCAAUGACCUCGGUGCCCUCGGUGCCCUCAAUGACCUCGGUGCCCUCGGUGCCCUCAAUGACCUCGGUGCCCUCGGUGCCCUCAAUGACCUCGGUGCCCUCGGUGCCCUCAAUGACCUCGGUGCCCUCGGUGCCCUCAAUGACCUCGGUGCCCUCGGUGCCCUCAAUGACCUCGGUGCCCUCGGUGCCCUCAAUGACCUCGGUGCCCUCGGUGCCCUCAAUGACCUCGGUGCCCUCGGUGCCCUCAAUGACCUCGGUGCCCUCGGUGCCCUCAAUGACCUCGGUGCCCUCGGUGACCUCAAUGACCUUGGUGCCCUCGGUGCCCUCAAUGACCUCGGUGACCUCAGUGCCCUCAAUUGCCCUCAGUGACCUCAAUGCCCUCGGCGCCCUCAUUGCCCUCCGCGCCCCCUCCCGCCCCGCUGUCCCCCCAGGCCUGGCCAUGUCGGCCAUCACCGUCAUCAUCCUGGUGCUGUACUUCGUCAUCGAGACCUUCGUGGUGCAGGGCCGGCCCUGGCUGCCCCAGUGCGCCCCCGUCUACGUCCAGUACUGGGUCAAGUUCUUCAUCAUCGGCGUCACCGUGCUGGUGGUGGCCGUGCCCGAGGGGCUCCCGCUGGCCGUCACCAUCUCGCUGGCCUACUCCGUCAAGGUGAGGCGCCGGGGGCCGCGCAGGGAAACCCGACCGGGACGCCGAUUCUGGGAAAUCGGGACGUUCCGUUGUUGCCUUCCCCCCGAGGCCCCCGGGGCUCUCCCUCGCCACGUGGGCAACAAGACCGAGUGUGCCCUGCUGGGGCUGGCGCUGGCCCUGGGCCGCGACCCCGAGGCCGAGCGGGCGCAGGUGCCCGAGGAGCACCUGGUCAAGGUGUUCACCUUCAACUCGGAGCGCAAGUCCAUGAGCACGGUGACGCGGCGGCCCCAGGGCGGCUUCCGGCUCUUCUGCAAGGGCGCCUCCGAGAUGGUGCUGCGCAGGUGAGCGCACCUGGGGACAGGGACAGGACGGGGACACCGGGGGACAUCGGGGACACACGGGGAUCAUUGGGGACACUCGGGGGACAUUGGGGGACACUCGGGGGACAUGGGGGGACAGUCGGAGGACACCGGGUGCGCGUGGCAGGUGCCCGAGGCCAUCCGGAAGUGCCAGCGCGCGGGGAUCACGGUGCGGAUGGUGACAGGCGACAACCUGGAGACGGCGCGCGCCAUCGCGGCCAAGUGCGGGAUCCUGCCCGACUUCAACCGCAGGAUCCGCAACGACCGCGGCGAGGUGGAGCAGGAGCGCCUGGACAAGGUGUGGCCCAAGCUGCGCGUCCUGGCGCGCUCGUCGCCCACCGACAAACACGGGGGCAGUUCUGGGGUGGCUCAGCAUCGUCAAGGCCGUCAUGUGGGGCCGCAACGUCUACGACAGCAUCGGGGGGGGGGGGGGGGGGGGGGGGCUGUGCUCACCUGUCCGUGUCCCCAGGGCAUCGCGGGCACGGACGUGGCCAAGGAGGCCUCGGACAUCAUCCUGACCGACGACAACUUCUCCAGCAUCGUCAAGGCCGUCAUGUGGGGCCGCAACGUCUACGACAGCAUCGCCAAGUUCCUGCAGUUCCAGCUCACCGUCAACGUGGUGGCCGUGAUCGUGGCCUUCACCGGCGCCUGCAUCACCCAGGACUCCCCGCUGAAGGCGGUGCAGAUGCUCUGGGUCAAUCUCAUCAUGGACACCUUGGCCUCGCUGGCUCUGGCCACCGAGCCGCCCACGGAGGCGCUGCUGCUGCGCCGGCCCUACGGCCGCGACCACCCGCUGCUGUCCGGCACCAUGCUGCGCAACAUCCUGGGCCACGCGCUCUACCAGCUGCUGGUCAUCUUCACCCUGCUCUUCACUGGUCAGUGACACUGGGGACACUGGGGACACCAUGGGGACACUG